AAUUAUCUCAUUAACUUUAAAUCUGCUUCAGUGUUAAUUUAACAUUCAGGAUUUUGUGGAGCGGUAUGUGAAGAUUGUGAUUAGAGAUGUAGAAACAGCAGACACGGUGAAGGAGUCAGUACAGAGGUGUAAGCAUGUCGAAUCAAAUGGUAGUCAUGCAGCCCCAGCCUGUUAUGGUCUUCAGAGAUUCUGAUCAGUGGGGGUCUGGUAUCUGUGACUGUUGCGACGAUGUGCCUGAAUGCUGCUUUGGUUCUUGGUGUUUCCUGUGUUUCACGUGCAUCAAAGCAAAGAAAUAUGGUGAGUGUUUAUGUCUCCCCCUGCUGGACCUCUGUGGAUUCAUCCCACCCAUAACCAUGUCCAUAAGGGUCUCGAUGCGCCAGCGUUACGGCAUUAAGGGAGACCUGUGUAAUGACUGCUUGGUGGCCACCUUCUGCAGACUCUGUGUUUGGUGUCAGAUGUCACGGGAGAUGAGAGCAAGAGAUCUACAGAUCACUCUUGUUGGUGCCAGGAAUCUGUAAUGUGUUUUGAAGCGGCUGUGCUGUUGUGUGAAUAAGAAUCCUCACACUGAAAGGCAGUUAUAUAUUUAUUGACACUAACUGAAUAAUUUUUAUAUUGCAUUAAGGGCGUUCAUUUUUUUUCUUCUGUAAAUUCCUGAUGUAUUUUGUGAUCAGAAACAAGGUUGAUUAAAAACAUUUUCUACUACA